GAAAUUCUGAAUCAUCGAUGGAAAGAGAGAGAGGGUGGGGGGAGAGAGAGGUGACUGUAGAGUGAUGGGACCCGGCUGAGGGAACAGCAGCGAGUGAUCACUCUCCGAGCUGGUAAUGACAGGUAGCCAGGUGUGAAGGAUGACUUCUUGCUCAGAGAUCUGUGGGUCGGAGUAUGGUGAGCAAGCCCAAGCCAGCGGAAACUGCCAACAGUAUGGAGUCCGGUCUUACCUACACCAGUUUUACGAGGAGUGCACAGCUUCUAUCUGGGAACGUGAUGAAGAUUUUCAGAUUCAGAGAUCGCCUAGCAGGUGGAGCUCUUUACUCUGGAAGGUCUGUCUCGCGUUCGGCUCCCUGAUCUUGUUUGCAGGCCUUAUUGUUGUUUUGGUCGGAUAUGCCACUCCAACUAGGACCGAGGCAUUUGGAGAGGAUGAUCUCCUUUUUGUUGACAGCCACGCCGUCAGUUUUAACCACGCUCUGGAUGUUUGUAAGCUGACCGGUGCCGUGUUGUUCUGCGUUGGAGGAACCUCCAUGGCUGUGGGUCUCCUGCUAUCUGCCUUUGCCAAAAGCUACUCCAAAGAAGAACUGUACCUGCAGCAGAAGUUCAAAGAGAGGUUGGCAGAUCUGCACGCGACAGUUGGUACCCCCAUCAUGAAACCACCGACCCCUGGAGAGGGAAGGGUGCCAGUCACGCUUUCCAAAGUCCAGAACAUCCAGCCAGCGAAAACAAAGUCGGAGACCUGACAGAAGACCACAUGAAGGCAUCAAGUGAAGAAGUGUGUGUGAUGACUGUGUGCGAGUGCAAAUGUGUGUGUGUGUGUGUGUGUGUGUGUGUAUAGGUAGGUGUAGAACUAUGUGUGCAUUUUCUCUUUUCAAAGGUCAGCUUACAUGACUGAGUAUUUGCUCUUCAUUUGCUCUGUUUGACAGUAGAGCUUGAUUUAAGGUGAUAUAGGUGCAGAGUUUAGUAUAGCUGAGCAAAGUUUAAGCCUUUUGUUUUUUCGACAGCAGUUAUAUGAAAUUCAUAGUGAUCUGACAAAGCACAUGCAGGUCUCGAGCCCUACCCAGAAAAUAAACCACAGAAAGAAAUCAAUAGAACACAGCCACUGAACAACAAUAACAUAAUUUCUUCCACCAAGCAUGUUUCUGUGGAGAGGAUUCACAUUUUUGUGAAAGAGAAUGGUGUUACUGCUGGAGGGUAUCGAGCAGCAGAUGCUGCGUUGUUUGAAGUAUUUUGUGAUCGGACACCCAUUACAAGAAAAUGAUCAAAAGAAGCCCUCAACACAACAACCAUUAUCUCUGCUAGUGUCUAAAAGGACAUCAGAGGGAGCUUUUCUGAGUGAACAUGCUUUGUGUGAACAUGUACACAUGCUGUUUAUGCAGCAUAACUUCAUUACCACAGUUAGUACGAGCUGUCAAUCACAAACACACACUAUGAGGAUAUGUGCUUCAGCUGAAUACUUAUUUAAAGUUAUGUUUGUGUGCAAAUCGAGCCAAGUCUUAACAGAUCAUUUGACAGAAGUUCACACAUCAGCAGAGCAGACAAGAGAUCAACACAGAUUGGAACAGACCUCCAAGGCAGAUUUCAAGCCGCCUUUUUUCUGUCUUAUUAGGCCUCUGACCUUGUCUCCUUCAGUGAAUCUUCAGAGAGGAUCGAUAGGCGAGACUAGAAAGACUGAUGAAAGGUGAACCAGACAGAAGAUGCAGAACUACAUAGUCUGUCACUUAACAAAAUAAUAUAUUAGAUUUAAUAUGUCUUUCCAGAUAACCAAGAUUAAAACAAGGUAUACUGACCAAUUUGAAGUAUACUUCCUUAUUAAUGUACUAAAAGUGUGCUAUUUUCAAUACUAACAAUGUUCUUACUAUGCUAAUUGUAUAUAAUUAUUGUUGGCAAAUAUGAACUUAAACACAAUUAAGUGUUGUAUCUAUGAAAUUACUUUACAGAAUUAUUAAAAAUGUUUGCAAUUAUGUAUAUAUUUAUCCAAAUGCUGUUUGACUAUAGAACAGUAUAGCAAGUGUAUAUUUAUAAGUCCUAGAGGUAAAACAAUAAGUAUACUAAGCACAUUGUAAGUACAUCAAACAUAGCACAUUGUUCUUGUGUAUAUUGAAGGAGACUAAGUAUUUUUAAAUGAGAAGUACCUAAUAUUCUUUAAACUUGGUUUCUCAAAUAAUAAUAUACCUUCUAUCUUUGAUUGUUUCCUAAACACUUCAUUACCCAUGCUCCUCCUGUAUAUGUUUCCUUCCCUCACUGUAACAAACACAAGCAUGUAGACACAAGCCUAUCCAUCCAAGCGUGCACAAACGUGCAGGGAGAGGUCAAUUUGGCAAAUAAAAAAAGAAGACGCAGGUGGUGGGUCUUAAAAUGAAGACAAAGCAAGGGCGCACCAAGCGAGACAAACAACGUGACAGAUUAUGUAAGAUAACGAAGAGAGAGAGAGACAGAGAGAGAGAGAGAGAGAGAGAGAGAGAGAGAGAGAGAGAGAGAGAGAGAGACAGAGAGAGAGCACGCAGCUCUCCAGUGAGAUCACAUCAGCUACUUUGUGUUUAACAGCGCUCUCUGUUUACAGCCUAGAUUCACAGAUGCUCUCCACACAAUAACUGCCUUCCUGCUCUCACACACAAAACUUGAAGCUACAUCAUGAAGUAUGCUGAACAGCACCCAGUAUGUGUGUCUCAUGGUUGCAUAUUCAGUUGGGUACUAUCUUAGAAACAGAAGUUAAAUUAAGAAGGUUUAUUUAUUUUAUUUUUGCAUUCUAUAAAAACUCUGCUCUCACACACGCUGUGACUUUAACUAACAAGCACAAUAACCUGCUGAUGUUCAUGCUUUUUUGAACUUUGUGUAUUUUAAAUAUAUAUUUUAAAUAGUGUGACCAUGCCAUUUUAAAUUGUUCAAUUUGUGGUUGCUCCUUGUUUGUUGGUUUUGCAUCCAAUGCACACAGAUACAAGUGGUGUGGUCAAAAUGCAGCAUUUAUUUUGUACUGUUAGAAAACAUGUUUUGUGGUAGAGACAGUCCAAGUGCCAUCAAGCUACACGCCUCAUACUGUGCUUCAACGCUGCAGGGCUUUCCAAACUCUUCAGAAUGAUGCAGCAACAAUGCCAGAAACACCCUGUAUGAAGUAAUAUAUGUUUAUUCAUAGACAUAUAUAAUAGAAGCUUUAGCAGCCAUUGCUCUGCUGGCUACCUAUGUUCAUGUAACUUGACCUUUUAAUAUCCCACAACCUUCAUUCCAUUAUUUGAUGACAUUUUAACAUAUUUUGGUCUCAGAAACAACACACGUGUAGCUAUAACUAUGAAUACAGAUAUACUUAUAAGUUAGACAUGUUGAAGGAAUAUUACGCAACCACUGUUAAUCUGCAAAUACAGUACAAGAAGAAAAAACAAUCUCUUAAAAUCAAACGUUCAGUGUGGUCGGAGCGUUAUGAAGUGGUCAAUAAAUGUUCUGACUUGUAGUUCCAUGCUGUAAAUUGUGAGUUUAUUUUGUAUUCUUAUUUGGACCAAAUUAGUUCUGCAUUACAAUCCCAACAUCUGCGAUGGAUAUUUUUCUGCUCUGAUUUCCCAGUUUUAGUGUCUCCUGAUGUACCGUGGAUUCUCCCAGUAAAUAAUACAAAUAAAAGAGUAUACUGUACCUAUUGGAGGUUGGAUUGGAAAAGAACAAAUAUAUAAAGAUAUCGAUGUCUAUAUACAGUAUGUCUAUUUUUCAAAGAACACAAUAAAGUUGAAAUAUCCACUGCUCAUAA